AUGAAUACAUUUCAAAUCAAAACUCGCCAAACUCUCUACUCGAUUGUACAGUGUCGUGCAUUUACUACGAAGCAAAAACUUGGAAAACAUAGUCCUCUUCCAGGAUGGGAUCCCCACUCUGAAUACUUUCGUCCAGGACCUACGAUGGCCCAUCGUUUAGAAGAACAUAUGAAUGACACGAUUAUGUCCGAUGUGUUAGUGGGAACAUAUAAACAUAAUGUUGAUUUUGAAGAUUCAUCUCCUCACUUCAAUGAGCCUGCAGACCGGCUGGUUCGAUGGACGGGCGACAACCCAUAUUACAAAAAUCGACCCCCUCGCCAUUCUCGUGGGUAUAAACCCCUCUUGCCUUUUAAACGACCUGUUCGUCCAGAAAAUCUCCCUAAUAUCUCAAAAGUUGUCGUAAGUACUAUGGUCAAGGAAGCCCUUCAAGAUAAGUCUCAUUUGUUGAGCACUAUUAUGGCUUUACGUUCCAUUACCGGCGUGGAGCCAGAAAUUAUAGAAGCUAGAAAGGAUGUCUCUCCAUGGAGAUUGAGAUCUGGCUUCCCUGUAGGAGCAAGCGUGGCUCUCGAGGGCGAGUCAAUGUACAAUUUUUUGUCUGUUCUUUCCGAGUUAGUCCUCCCUCAGCUUCACGACUUUAAGGGAAUUUCUUCAACAGUUGGAGACCAAACAGGUAAUAUCUCUUUUGGUCUUCCCGGAAGCGCUUUACCUCUUUUCCCUCAAAUUGAAGCUGUAUACGAAAUGUAUCCCCACUCUCUUCCAGGCUUUCAUGUCAACAUCGCAACAAAGGCCCAAGAUACUCGAUUGGCAAGAUUUGCUCUUAGCAGCAUGAUUCCAUUUAAAACAAGCAAUCCAGAAGAUGAUGUUCGCUAA